CCCUCCUGGCGGCCGACGCCGGCAGCUGAGGAGCCGCGUCGGCGGCCACGGCCGGCCGCAGUCGGCCGCUCGCCCCGCCUCCGACAGCACGCUCCGUCUGUGUGACCGGCCUGCCCGCCCCGCCCGCCCUACAGGCCGCCAUGAACUCCGCCGGAGGACGCUGUGCGCUCGGCUCGGCCACCGCCGCCCUGCUGCUGCUCGUCAUCUACGCCGCGCUGCAGACUAUUCAGGCGGAGCCGCAGUCGGCAGCGUCGUUCUUCCCUCCGCGCAAGAUCGUCAAGGGCAACAGCCUGUACGAGCGGCUGGUGGCGGCCGGCAAGAAGUCUCCCAUCAUCAUGGCCGGAGUGAACGACGACGUCCUCUUCAAGCCUCCGACGUCGUCGCUGUCGGCGGUGCGCGCGCCGACGGCCCGCUCGGAGCCGGCGGCGGCAGCGCGGCCCCAGUCGCCGCGCGUCGUGAGCGCAGUGGACCUGAGCAGGGGUCAGCUGCCGGCUGUCGACCCGGACCGGCUGCGCGUCGACACCGGCGUCAUCGCCGUCCAGGGCGUUGACGUGUUCUACGCGGCGGCGCUGCCGGAGCAGUCCUCCGUGGACGACAUCACCUUCCUGCUGCUGCACGGUGCCAAGUACAGCUCGCAGACCUGGCAGGACAUCAAAACGCUGCGCACGCUGGCCGCGCUCGGAUACAACGCCGUCGCCAUCGACCUGCCCGGCUUCUCCAACUCCCGCAGCACGGGCCGCCUGCCGGGCUCGCUGUCCAAGGCCGAGUUCCUCGAGUCGGUGCGUUACGAGCUCGGUCUGGGUGACCAGGUGGUGAUCGUGUCGCCCUCGGCGUCCGGAGAGUACUCGGUGCCGCUGCUGAUGCAGCAGCCCGCCUGGCUGGUCGGCUACGUGCCCGUGGCGCCCGUCGGCACGGAGAAGAUUACACCCAUCAAGGCGCGCACCAUCCGAGUGCCGACGGCCAUCAUCUACGGCUCGCGGGACCGCGGCCUGGGCGAGUCCUCCCUGAAGGCGCUCAGUCAGAUCAAGACGGCCACCGUGGGCGUCAUCCCGAACGGCAGCCACGCCGCCUACCUGGACAACCCGGGCCUGUGGCACCUGAUGCUGCACAACUUCGUCCAGAGCCUGGAGCAGCUGCGGAGGCAGAACUGAGCGCGCGAGUGACUGAGGGGUGUCAGAGAGAGCGACAGCCGGGCUGUGUCCGGGCGCGGACUGACGCCGCGAACCGGUGCCUGAGGACUGAGUGAGGGAGUGACUGAGUGGCCGCGCGAUCCGGCCGCUGACCGGCAGUGUUCUCAGACGAGCCGCCGCCCCGGGGCCGAGCCCGGGCGGGUGUCAGGCGGGUGAAUGUGGCGCGUGCAGAGGGAGAGAGAGAGAGAGCCAGCCCCACGGCGCGCCGUUCCGACAGUACACACGUAUUACGCUGUCUGAUCAGCACGUCUUCCGCCGGCCGGCCGCGCUCGCGACCCGCCGGCGAGCUCAGAACAGCGUCGCGUUGCCGUGUCGCGACGUCCUGUGAUACUGUUCAGCGCUUGAAGUCUUUAUAUCCGGCGUAGCGCCGCCGCUCGUACAAACGCAGCGCCGCCGUGUACCGCGAGACAAAUUCCAAAUUGAGCGGAGCUCCGUUUGCCGCGGGCCCCUGGCCGGCGCAGUAGGAGUGUGUGAAUAGUCGCGGCGCGGCACAAUGUAGCAGAGUAUCCGCGCGGACCCGGUGCCGGGCACUGAACGGCCCACCGCCGCGGGUCUGAUGGAGUGACCCAGCCGAGAACGUCGUGUCCGACGUGACCCACGCCGACGCCGCUGUCGACGACACUGUUGAUGUGACGGCGGCCCACAGAGCUCGGCUCUAAAGGGUCGAUGACAAUCAUCUUCUCAAAUACAUUCUCACAACAAG